CAAAAAGUUCCCAGCUUUGUUUAUUUCGGCGCAUUCGGGUACGCCCAGUCGCCACCCUUCCAUAACCUCCACGAACCUUUCUAGCCUCCGCUUCUUCCUAAUCACUCAAAUAACAAGAGAACCCGGCACCGAAAACAUCAACAGCCAACCUCCACCACCCUGAACCGCAAACAUCCUCUCCCAACUACGAUAAUCGCGGCGCAAACCACCUUCCUCGACCGUUUACUCAGUCCACGAGACUUGUCCUCGACACAAUGCCACCAAGGCCUACUCUCCUUGUUCCUCCAAGCGUAACGCGCUUCCUCAAACCCCGAACGAGCAUCGUCCGAUCUCUCUCCUCCCUCACCACCACAAUCACAACCAGCAACACCACAUCCUCCCACCACACACACCAGCGGAGGAUAUCCUCACCACCUACACCAGUAACAACCACUACCGCCACCCGCUCUUACUCCUCCUGGCUCCUCUCCGCCGUCUCCUCCGCCGCCUCUGCCCUCAACAACGGUUCUCCCGGUGGUGGUGGUGGUGGUAACAACAACGCGCCAGAAACCGUCCUCCGCGCACGCCGCAUCCUUCCCUACCCGUCUGCGCACCUCUACAACUUGAUCGCCGACGUUUCCUCCUACAGCCAAUUCCUGCCGCAUUGCAGUCGGAGCGUAGUUACCGCUUGGGCGGAACAACCUACUAUCACAGCAGCAACAUCACCCGCCGAAAAGGGUGAGGCAGGGACAGAAACAGAGACAGAAACGCAAGAAAAUGGAAAUGGAAAGACAACAAAAUGGCCAGCCCGCGGCGACCUAACAGUAGGCUGGGGUCCCUUUACCGAGUCCUACUCGUCACGCGUCUACUGCGUUCCGGACGAUGGCGAAGGGUUGGGCAUCGUGGAGGCUGUUAGUGGGAAUGCUACUACUACUAUCCCUGCUACUGUUCUCCAGCAAUUUGGCUACCACCAGAGUUCGCCGUCAGAUGAUACGACGGAGAAGAUGGAGGGCUUGUUUGAGAGUCUGGUGACGAGGUGGACGGUGAGGAGCGUGCCGCCGGCUCCAACUCCGAAGAAGAAGAAGAGCCAAGGGGGAGGAGAGGGCGUUACCGACAACGACAAAUGGACAGAGGUGGCGCUGAGUGUGAGGUUCAAGUUUGCGAGUCCGGCGCUGGGGUUUGCGGUGGGACAGUUGGCGGGGCAGAAGGUGGAUGAGAUGGUUGCGGCUUUUGAGGAGAGGGCUAGGAGGACUUGGAAGAGGUGAUGGGGCGAAGGAGGAUUGAUGUCUGGUAACAGGAUGUCAAGCCUGGAUUGACGUCGAGGGGUUUCAUGGUAGUGGUCCACGGCCCGGGUCGACCUCAUAAACUUCGCUGGAUGAAUCUUGUUAGAGGGAGUUGAUUAAUAUCCCGGGUCAAGAAGAUCCAACUGGGGAAGUGUUGGGAGUACUAGACUAGACUAGAUGGCAUGGCGAGCAGCGCUGCUUCUUGAUAUCACUGUAUUGUUACCCUGACUAAGACAUAGACGGCGUGGCUUGGGAUUGCAAGACAUAGACAUGCUAUUGUCAGGAAUGGACAAGAUACCCUAC